AUGGGUGGUGUAUUUUCCAACCCAAGCCCUUCAUCACCCUCGGCAAAUGCCACUGGCACUACCACAGGCCCGACAGCAGUUCAAAAGAGGGAUAAUGAGAUAAUAAUCACUGGCCUAGGCACAGAAUGGCCCUCCAAGUCCAUCACCGCAGAUGAUUUCAACAAAGUGGUUCUAGGUUUUUACUCUGAAGAGACAGAUGCUCCAUGGUUCGUGUCAUUCAACACCUGGGCAGCAUGCCCAUGUAUAAUUUCUAUCAUUACUGACGUGUGUCUUGGAAGGCUUCAACGAUUACUCAGAAUCAACACCAGAACGGGAAUUGAAACUCGGUCUGUAAUAGAUCUUUGGGGUCAGUCCCCCUGGACUCCACAAGAUCCUCCCAAAGCCGAAGAGAUCGAUAUCGCGUGGCGCAGCUAUGGAGUCGAGCUGUCCAGGAAGGCGGCACAAAAAGCUCUAUCAGACAGCCAAAUCGAAGCAAAUACCAUCACACAUAUUGUGGCAGUUACUACCACGAAUGCUGGUAGCCCUGGUUAUGACCAACUGGUCGCCCGAGAGCUCGGCAUCCCCUCCACAGCAGAAAGACUCCUAAUAAGCGGCAGCGGAUGUGCUGGAGGACUCGCUGCUUUGCGAAUGGCUUCAAACCUUGUCAGAUCAGCUACAUGUCGGGGUGAACCCGCAAGAGUCUUGGUGAUAGCAUGCGAGAUAUGCAGCAUUUACAUAAAUUCCGAACUACACGCAGCGGCGACCUUGAAAACCGACGGAAUUGGACCUACGCUAUUCGCUGAUGGUGCUGCCGCUAUGGUCGUGUGUAAUCCCGAUGGCAUGAUACAACCAAAGAGUCAGGAGAACCUCCCAAGACGCUUCUCAGUCAUUGACUGGCGCUCCAUCGUCACACCCGGUACCCUCAAUGAGGUAGAAUACAAGAUGAGCAGCACGGGGCUCCAGAUUUUCAUAUCAAAGAACCUCCCUAAACUGAGCUCUACAUCUCUCUUGAGUCCCUUUCAAAGUCUUGUCACUGGAAAUGGCAUGCAGAAUUCCCCGUCUACGGACUUCGAUUGGGCACUUCAUCCUGGCGGAUUGGCCAUUAUCAAGGGUGCUCAGGCAGCUAUGGGGCUCCCCGAUGAAGCGUUAGCAGCCAGCUACGACAUUUACCGGAAUCGAGGUAACACGAUCAGUGUUGCUGUUAUAGCGGUUCUGGAUAGACUGCGAACGAUGGAGAUGAGGAAGCAGGAUGUUAUCACAACGAGCUUUGGACCUGGUCUCACGACGGAGAUGAUGUUGCUCAAGCGGUGGGAAUAG